AUGGACCCUGGUGAAAAUUGGAAGCUGGAUGAAACCAACUGGUUGUCUCACAGUGGGAUCCAUUCCUUUGCCAGUGUGAAAGGAGACAAUGAGCUCUCCGAAGGUGCCCCAGCCCUCUUUGCUUUGGAUCAGCUGGGCUCCACAUCUGUUUGUUACAAGCCUACCAGCCCAGUCCAGGUACUGGAAGACACUGGCUUUCUUUACCAGGAUCACCAGUUGUUUGCUGGCAGGCAUGAAGUUUCUCCACUAACAGCUGAAGCAAUCAGUGCCAAAGAAAAAGCUGUUUAUGGCGCGUCCAGCCAGAAGUCCCGGACGGAGGGGAGGCCGACGGUGAACCGGGCCAACAGCGGGCAGGCGCAUAAGGACGAGGCGCUGAAGGAGCUGAAGCAGGGCCACGUCCGCUCGCUGAGCGAGAGGAUCAUGCAGCUCUCCCUGGAGAGGAACGGGGCCAAGCAGCACCCCCCGGCCCCUGCGGCGGGGGAGGGGUUCACAGCACCACCACCCCCGACGCCGCCAGGCCAGCAGCUGACGCCCGACGCCUUUGCCAUCGUGGAGCGGGCACAGCAGAUGGUGGAGAUGCUCUCCGAGGAGAACCACGUGCUGCGGCAGGAGCUGGAGGGGUACUACGAGAAGGCAGACAAGCUGCAGAAGUUUGAAAUAGAGAUUCAGAGGAUUUCAGAAGCUUAUGAGGGAUUGGUCAAGACCACCACUAAGAGGGAGUCCCUGGACAAAGCGAUGAGAAACAAACUCGAAGGAGAAAUUAGGAGACUUCAUGACUUCAACAGGGAUCUCCGUGAGCGACUGGAGACGGCCAACAGGCAGCUGGCCAGCAGAGACUUUGAUGGGCAUGAGGAUAAGUCAACAGAGGGCCUUUAUGUCACUCAGAACAAAGAGCACUUGAAGGAGAAGGAGAAGUUGGAGAUGGAGCUGGCAGCUGUGCGCUCUGCCAAUGAGGACCAGCGGAGGCACAUUGAAAUCCUCGACCAGGCCCUAAACAACGCGCAAGCCAAGGUCAUCAAACUGGAAGAGGAGCUGCGCAGGAAGCAGGCCUACGUGGAGAAGGUGGAGAAGCUGCAGCAGGCGCUGACGCAGCUGCAGGCAGCCUGCGAGAAGAGGGAGCAGAUGGAGCGGCGGCUGCGCACGCGCCUGGAGCGGGAGCUGGACUCGCUGCGGAUGCAGCAGAGGCAGGGCAGCUACCAGGCAAGCAGCCUCCCAGAGCACAAUGCCCCAGCCCUGAUGGAGCUGGUGCGGGAGAAGGAGGAGAGGAUCCUGGCCCUGGAAGCCGACAUGACCAAGUGGGAGCAGAAGUACCUGGAGGAGAGUACGAUCAGACACUUUGCCAUGAAUGCCGCAGCCACAGCUGCAACGGAGAGGGAUGCCUCGGCCCCGAGCCACUCGCGCAACGGCAGCUACGGCGAGAGCGCACUGGAGAUGCGGGGUUGGCAGGAGGAGGAGGAGAUCGUGCAAGCCAACCGGCGCUGCCAGGACAUGGAGUACACAAUAAAGAAUCUCCAUGCAAAAAUAAUUGAGAAGGAUGCCAUGAUCAAGGUCCUUCAGCAACGGUCACGGAAGGAUCCCGUGAAAGCCGACAGCGCCAGCCUGCGACCAGCCCGGUCUGUCCCCUCCAUCGCUGCUGCUACGGGCGCGCAUUCGCGCCAGACCUCGCUCACCAGCAACCAGAUAGCUGAGGAGAAGAAGGAAGAGAAGAUCUGGAAGGGAAGCAUAGGGCUGCUCUUGGGGAAGGAACACCACGACCACCCAUCAGGACCCAUGCUGCCUCCUCCGCUGCCCUCUUUGUCCUGCAUGCCCAUCCCAGCACCGGUGGCCUCCCACACGAAGACGGGCAGCAAAGACAGCAGCACCCAGACGGACAAAAGUGCCGAGCUCUUCUGGCCUGCCGCCGCCUCCUUCCCCGGCCGUGGACGGCUGGGUACCACCCCUUUGCACAGCCCAGCCCCACGGCCCCUGGGGACACGAAUGGCCGGCGAGAAACUGGAGAACUCAAGCCAUGGGAAGCUGCCCGACAGCAAAGGCAGAGUGAGCAGCUUGCUCCACAAGCCUGAGUUUCCAGAUACAGACAUGAUGGAAGUCCUCAUCUGA